UCCGUUUCCAAGGACCAUGUCAGAGCUCAGGGAGGACGAGGAGGAGAAGAAGUCGGGCAUCAGCAUUCUGCCCGGCCCGGAGCUACUAACCCUGCCGGGCUUCGAUACCCGGGCCAGCAUCGCCUCGGCGGCGUUGAGUGAUGUGCCCAGUGACGUGAUCAUCAAGUCUCGCAUCCGAUAUGGCAACACCCUGUCCGCCUGCAAGGGACUACUUCUGGAGUACGCGAAGAGUACGACCAUUCACGGCAUCCGCUAUAUCUUCGAGGUGCACAGGCCCAUCUAUGAAAAACUUUAUUGGCUGUUCUUCACUUGCAUUUCGGUGUACUUCGCCGUUUCCCUUAUCUGGGACACCUAUCUGAAGUGGCAGGACUCGCCGGUCAUUCUGGGUUUCGAUGAGACCCUCGUGCCGGUGCAUAAGAUACCAUUUCCCACGAUUACCAUUUGCCCGGAGAUCAAAAUGGAACGCAAUACCUUUGACUAUACUAAUAUAUCGCGACAACUUUGGGAUGAGUACAAGAACGGCAAUGUCAGCGACUUGGAGGAUGAAGACCUGGCUCGAAUGGCGGCUGCCAUGCACAUCUGCGAUCCUAAUGUGGUUCAGCGAUUCACACCUCUGCUCUCCCAGCUGCACCCGCCCUACGUGGACGUAACCCAAACCCUCAUAGACCUGAGUAUCUCGAAGAACGAGACGGGACCGUUUUGCAAGUGGAAUGGGCGCUUCUACUUCUGCGACAAGAUCUUCGACUUUGUGGCCACCGACGAGGGCAUCUGCUACCAGUUCAACGGGCUGCGACCCAAGGACAUCUAUCGCGACGAGAAGUUCAUCAGCUACGUGGACCCGGAUGUGGUGAACUUCAACAAUUACUUCGAUGUGGCCCUGCCGCCCUGGAACAAUAUCACGGGCAACUGGUCACUGGGCAGUGGGUUCGUGGACCAAGGCCAGAACGCGUAUCCCCAAAGGACGGUGUUCUCAUCGGCGAAGAAUGGGUUCUUCGCCUUUCUGCAGGGUCUGCAGCACAACUUCGACUACGAUUGUCGCAGUUUCAAACAGGGCUACAAGGUCUUUCUCAACUCCCCGGAGAGUGUGCCGCUGACGUCGGGCAAUUAUAUCCUGGUGCCCCAUGGCGACGAGGUCCUGGUCAGUGUGCUGCCCGCUUAUGUCGUGUCCACCGACAAUUUGCACGAAAUUACCCCGGACAAACGCCAAUGCCUGUUCGAUGAUGAGCGCUCGCUGCGGUUCUUCCGAUCCUAUUCUCAGAGCAAUUGCCAAACCGAGUGCCUGGCCAACUUCACGAUUUCCAAGUGCGGCUGUGCCAAGUUCUGGAUGCCCAAACCCGUGGGCACUCCCGUCUGCGGACUGAGUGACAUUAACUGCUACACAUCUGCCCAGGACGAGCUGUAUGCUCUGCUGCAGAAUCAGACGAUGGCCAAGAGUGUGGAUGACAGUGUCGACAUCUCCUGCAACUGCCUGCCGGCCUGCACGUCGCUGGAGUACAACUUUGAGAUCUCCAGGGCCAAGUACGACGUGGCCAAAACCAUUCGAGCCUUCCGCGAAGAGUACGAGCAUACAGAUGCCAUUGGAUCCCGCCUCUCUGUCUACUUCAAGGAGCAUCAAUUCACGGCCAUCAAACGUACGAUUCUGUUCGGAGUAUCUACGUUGAUUUCCAACUGCGGUGGCAUCUGCGGCUUGUUCAUGGGCAUCUCCUGUCUCAGCUUCCUGGAGCUCAUCUACUUCUUCUGCAUGCGAAUCUGUGGCAGUUGCCGCGAUCGGCGGAAGCACAAGAUACAGCAGCAGAACUCGGUGGAUAUACCGGAGGAGAACUCUGAGAAUAAGUCAGCGAUCUGAAAGAUACAAAAAAACGAAUUCCAAAAGCCCUAACUGUUGUAUAUGUAAAGCGAACACAUUUGAAUUAAAUCGAUUGCAAAUAAAAUGUUUUAAAUUGCUUUACCUAU